CUCGCAACUUGCAAGUUUCUACUGGAGCCGGAGUGAGCCGGAGCCCCAAGAGCGUGAACUGAACACUCCGACCAUACUCCAACUCCGUCAGUCGAUUCUCUCGCAAGCAGUCGUGUGGGCUGUCGGCGGCAGUCUGCAGUGUGGUUUUGCGGCUCUUCGUGCGCGCACACAACGCACGCAUCGGUUGGGGCAUCGCACACCGGUCGUGCAUUAUUCAUCAAACGCGUCGCGGAGCUUUCGCACAAAAAAAUUAUCAUCAUCAUUCAGUGCCUUUUUAUUCCCAAGAACAAGUUGAACGUUUAGAAAACUAAUUAAUGAUGUGUAUUGUUUUAACAAGAAGAUUCGGCAAAGCAACGUGACAAAGAAACAUUGUAAAACUGACCAAUAAACAAACAUUUUUUAUAACUAUUUGUUAACUAUUAGUUUCAAUGGCUGUGAUCGUGAUCGAUAGGUGCUUGACGACGUCGGCGACGAGUGCACGAAGGGAGAGAAGACGCAUGGCGACGACGCUGUUUGUCGCGCUUUAUGCGGCGUGUGCGUUAAGCACCUUGGCGGCGGCGACACCCCACGCAGGUGCCGCCGGCGGCGGGUGUAACAUUGCCAACGCGAACGCGAUCGUUGCUCUCAGGGAUUACGAUUUUACUGGCGUGCAGCCCACACAAGGUCCAAUCUGUGGUGCAAAUUCGUGCUGCGCCUCCGUAGAAUAUAAAAUCCGACAAACAACGCGUGAUGAUGUAGAGACUUUUUACAAGGACAGCGUUGGGCAAAUUCAAUCCUUGUUCGAGACACGUGCACGUCGCCUCGAGGACCUUUUCAAGGACAUGAUGAUGAAGAGUAAAAAAGAGCUUCACGAGAUGUUCUACCGCACGUACGGCAUCAUCUACAUGCAAAACGCAGUCGUCUUCACUGAUUUCUUCAACGAGCUGGAGAAAUACUAUGUGCAGGGUGGGAUUAGACUGGCUGAAACGAUGGAUCGCUUCUUCACCAUCUUAUACCAGAGGAUGUUUGUCGUGAUCAACUCGCAGUAUGCUUUCAGCGAUGAUUAUAUCGCUUGCGUGGCGAAGGACAUUACCGAUAUGAAGCCUUUCGGUGAUAUCCCGAAUAAAUUAGCAGGCAUGCUGAGGAGGGCGUUUGUUGCGACAAGAACUUUCCAUCGAUCGCUGGGCAAAGGCGCUGUCGUCCUCGAGAAGAUGAUGAAACUAAAUAUUACGGAUAUGUGUGGUGAGGAAGUUAUGAAAAUGCAGCAUUGCGAUGUUUGCACAGGCAAUGCUGGACCCGGCGCUUGCAAUCAGUUCUGCACGGAUACGAUUCGCAAAUGUUUCGGGGAUUUGUCGGAAUUAAAUGAGAAAUGGAAUAUUUACAUAGAUAGUUUAGAUAAAGUCGCGGAAAAACUUCUUGGUCCAUUCAAUAUUGAAGUUGUUGUGGAACCGCUCAACGUGAAAAUCUCCGAGGCAAUCAUGAAUUUCCAAGACAACGGCAACGAGGUCAGCCAGAAAGUGUUCCUGAAAUGUGGACAUCCUAAACUGAAAGGCGAUCGAACCCGACGUGCUGCAGAAACUAGUCAAUCUAAGGAACUCAAGCGACAAAGUCUUCAAUUCAACAAGAGCCAGAAGAAGAAGCAUAAGAACCCGAACAGUUUCGACCGACAGAGUGUGAUGGAGAAACGCAUCCAAGAAGUGAAAGGCAAAAUUAAAGAUGGAAAGAAUUUCUGGGAGAAUCUGCGCUACGCCUACUGUAACAAUGUGUCGACAGCGGCUCCUGGUGAAUCGAAAUGUUGGAACGGGAAUUCCUUGUCCGGUUACGUAUCUCAACCCACGAAACUCCCAAAGAAUGAGCUGGUUUACGAACAAACUUAUACAUUGGGAGUGUACAUUUCGCAUUUGGAGUCUGCGUAUAUGGGCCAGGAAAUUGAUGAAACUGAUGAUGAAGAAGAAGAAGACGCGUUCAUGGCAAGUGGUUCCGGCUCGGGUGCUGGAAUCAAUUCGGAAGAUGACACGCAUGUAGAUGAAGAAGAUGAUGACGAUGUGCAUCAAGCGCCCACAUCAACGUCCACUGCAAGCACCACGUCGACGAGCAGUACUACAACGACGGAAAGCAAUGAAGUGGAACUGGUGACGGAGUUCAAUGAGGAAACGCGGAAUGAAGAUGUGCCCGUCGUGGUGCAGGCGUCCUCAGCGACGGAGCUUGGCAAGGCUCUUAUGCAUUAUGUCCUGCCGAUUGUGAUGGUGUGGUUUGGCGGUGCCGUCACCGACCUGCUGUGAUAAUUUAAUCUUUGGACAUUUUACACGUAAUUACAAGAUCUAAGAAUCUAAACGGUAAUGCGCCGAGAGCGUAAAUGUAAUACGAAUUUGACACGAGAACAUCCGACUUAAAAAAAACUUGCAACAAUUUUGUAUCCAACAACAAACGGACUUUUAUGAUGCAACAAGACGGCUAAGCGGAACUUACAUUGUUGUACAUACGAAAUGGAUAGUUUUAUACGUAAAUCAUGUUGACACGAUACAAUAAUUGUAAACAUACGGGAUGAAUUGCAACCGUGUGCAUCAAUUAACACACGCAAUCGACUUCAGGGUAAUUUUAUACGUUUUUCACAAGAUGCUGUGUGAGAUAAUAGGAGAGAAACCAAUUUUGCAGGUAACACUGCAUCACACUAUGCAAUACACGCCGAAAAUCUGCACUGAUUCGGAACUGAUCUUGAAGUACUUGAGUUACUAGCUAACUACACAAUUUACAUUAUGAAACAACUGACUAUAAACAAGAUCUCUGCUGCAAUUCACAAAUGAAUUCAAUCGUGAUUUUUUUGAGUUUAUGUUGGUGGUUCAUUUCGAUGAGUUUCAUAUUGGUAGCCACUUUAUUCUUCUUAAUAUAUUUUAUUUGUAAAUAUUGUAAAUAUCUGUAUAAUUAUGCUAUGAAUGUAUCCAAUUUUAUGUAAUAUGUUUUUGGACGACUUGAGGCCAGAAAACGCAACUGCUGCCAUUCGAUUUGUGCGCUUUUAGUUAUCACAUACACAGAAAAUGAUGAAAGAUGAAACAUAAGAGAUACGAUCAUGCUGAGAAUAUUUGUAUUGUAAUAUGUAAGGCUUAUAUGUCGUUCUUAUCUGUUUUUAUGUUCUCUUGUAGCUAAUUGUACUGAUUUAUAGGGUUUAAAGUGGGAAACUUUAAACUCUUCCGGAAUAUUACUACGAACGAUGGAUAACAAGUGGCUAGACGUGUAAAUAUUGAAUUGAGAUGAUCCUAUAUCUGAACCAAUGUUAUUUUGUUUUCACGGAAUAACAAGUGUUGAAAAAAAUAUUGCGUUUUUAAUUACUUACCUACCAUUCAAUCCUAUAUGCACAAUCAAUUACUCAAACACAUUUAAUUUGCACUUAAACUUAAACUCAUCAAAUACUGCAUUUCUACGGUUAGGUUUGCAUGAGUUACGGCUGUUAUCACUGAAUUUAAUCUAUUCUCGACAUAGAUUUAUAUCACAGAUGUUCUUUGAUCUGGACUGCUUUUAACAACCAGUCCAGGUAUAAUUUAUUACAAAUAAGUGCAUCAUAGUGCCACCUUUACGCCAAAUGCAUAGCUGUUAUGACUUUAAAAUUGUAACAAUUCAAAAAUAGCCAAAUUAUUUCAUUUGACUUUGUGUAACAAUUAUAAUACCAAAUAAAUUGAAAUAAAAUAAAA